UUACAGGUUCAAAUCGCAGGCCUGGAGAGGCUCUCCUUUAUCUAUUGUUCUGCUGUGACUGUUUUCAUAAACCGGCCACUGUGCAGGACCCAAAGGAAAAGGCUGUGUGACUGGAGUGGUGCCAAAGGCAUUGCUAGGAGAGCUCUAAGAGCGGAGGGCCAGGAGGAGGCUGAGCCAUUAAUGAUUUAGCCUGAGUAAGGGAGGGGAGGGGAGUGGAGUACAAGGGCUUAACUCUCUCACAGGAAAAGCAGCUUCAGUAGAAAAAACUUUCACCUCACACUCAGGAGCUAGACUUCCGAGGAAAACUCAUCUCGACGUUGGGGGGAAAAGCUGUCAACAUCUGAUGUGUGAGGUUUUUGCUUAUAUUUUACUGAAGUAAGUAGAGCACCACGAGAAGUCAAGAUGUUUGCUGUGCAUUUGCUGUCUUUUUACUUCACCAAGCUGCAGGAGGAUCAGAUCAAAAAGGUGGACCGCUUCCUAUAUGCCAUGCGCCUCUCCGAUGAGCAGCUUUGGGACAUUUCGAGACGUUUCAGAGAGGAGAUGGAGAAGGGUCUGUCCCGGGAGAGUAACGCCGCAGCUGCUCUGAAGAUGCUGCCCACACACGUGUGCUCCACUCCAGACGGCUCCGAGAAAGGUGAGUUCCUGGCACUGGAUCUUGGUGGUUCCAGGUUCAAGGUGCUCCAGGUGAAGGUAUCUGAGGAUGGAAAAAGAAAAGUGCAGAUGGAGAGUGAGACCUUCCCCAUCCCAGAGGAGAUUCUCAAUGGAAGAGGAACAGAUCUUUUUGAUCAUGUGGCACAGUCUUUAAAAACCUUCAUGCAGAAGAAUAACAUCAACCAGAAGAAGAAACCACUGGGCUUUACCUUCUCUUUCCCUUGUCUCCAGUCUAUACUAGAUGAGGGUGUGCUACUCUCAUGGUCAAAGAACUUCAAGGCCAGAGGUGUACAAGGCACCGACGUUGUACAGGCACUGAGGCAAGCCAUCAGCAAUGUGGGGGGGAUUGAUGUGGAUGUCCUGGCGCUUGUCAAUGACACAGUGGGGACCAUGAUGACCUGUGGAUAUGAUGACCAGCAUUGUGAGGUGGGAGUCAUCAUAGGUACGGGCACCAAUGCGUGCUACAUGGAGGAGCUGAGAUACAUUGACCUGGUGGAAGGAGACGAGGGCAGGAUGUGCAUCAACACAGAGUGGGGCGCUUUCGGAGAUGAUGGGGUGCUUGAUGAUUUCAUCACGAAUUUUGAUCGUGAAAUCGAUGCAGCUUCCAUCAACCCUGGAAAACAGUUGUUUGAGAAGAUGGUGAGUGGGAUGUACAUGGGGGAGCUGGUGAGGCUUAUUCUGCUGAAGAUGGCCAAGCGGGGUUUGCUCUUUAAGGGUCGAGUCUCGGAUGCUCUUCGGACCAAGGGAAAAUUUCAGACCAAGCAUGUCUGUAUGAUCGAAGAGUACAAAGACGGACUGAGGAACACAAGGGAAAUCCUCACCGAAUUGGGCCUCAGUCCCACUGAGGAUGAUUGUAUUGCAGUACAGCAUGUUUGCACCAUCGUGUCCUUCAGGUCAGCUAACCUGUGUGCUGCCACCCUGGCUGCCAUCCUCACCCGCAUAAGAGAGAACAAGAAGCUGAAGACCCUGAGGACCACUGUUGGAGUGGAUGGGACAGUCUACAGAACUCACCCUCAGUAUGCCAAGAGGCUCCAUAAGGUGGUCCGGCGUCUGGUGCCUGACUGUCACGUGCGUUUUGUGCUAUCAGAGAGUGGCAGUGGGAAGGGGGCUGCCAUGGUGACUGCAGUGGCACAGCGUCUAGCGUCCCAGCGCAAAGAAAUCAAUGACACCCUCGCAGCCUUCACACUCAGCUCAGCGCAGCUCCAGCAGGUGAAGGAGAAGAUGCGGGUGGAAUUGGAGCGUGGCCUGAAGAAAGACACUCAUGACACCGCCUCAGUCAAAAUGCUGCCUUCCUACGUUUACAGGACUCCAGAUGGGACAGAGAGAGGAAAGUUCCUUGCUUUGGAUCUGGGUGGAACCAAUUUCCGAGUGUUGGUGGUUAAGAUCCGCAGUGGAAUACGCAAAUCCGUCCGCAUGUAUAACAAGAUCUACGCAAUUCCACUGGAGAUCAUGCAGGGCACUGGAGAAGAGCUGUUUGAUCACAUAGUGCACUGUAUCUCAGAUUUCCUGGACUACAUGGGGAUGAAGAACACCCGCCUGCCACUGGGCUUCACCUUCUCUUUCCCAUGCAGCCAGACUGGUAUAGAUAAGGGAACUUUGGUGAGCUGGACAAAAGGCUUCAAAGCUACUGACUGCGUGGGGCAUGACGUGGUGGAUAUGCUGAGGGAGGCCAUAAAGAGACAAAACGAAUUUGACCUUGACAUUGUUGCUGUGGUGAACGACACAGUUGGCACGAUGAUGACGUGCGCAUAUGAAGAUCCUAAAUGCGAGAUUGGACUUAUUGCUGGAACGGGCAGCAAUGUGUGCUACAUGGAGGAGAUGAAGAACAUUGAAGUAGUGGAAGGGGAUGAGGGACAGAUGUGUGUUAACACAGAGUGGGGCGGUUUUGGGGACAACGACAACAUUGAGGACAUCCGGACCAGGUUUGACCAGGAGGUGGACCAAGGCUCCCUGAAUGUGGGGAAACAAAGGUUUGAGAAGAUGACCAGCGGAAUGUACCUGGGAGAGAUCGUCAGGCAGAUUCUCAUAGACCUCACCAGACGGGGUCUUCUGUUCCGUGGCCGCAUUACAGAGCCUCUGAAGACCAGGGGCAUCUUUGAGACCAAGUUCCUCUCACAGAUUGAAAGUGACCGUCUGGCGCUACUACAAGUGAGGUCCAUUCUGCAGCACUUGGGUCUGGACAGCACGUGUGAUGACAGUAUUAUCGUGAAGGAAGUAUGUGGUGCUGUGUCAUGCCGAGCCGCACAGCUCUGUGGAGCAGGAAUGGCUGCCGUUGUUGACAAAAUCCGGGAGAACCGAGGACUAGACCAUCUGGACAUCACUGUGGGGGUGGAUGGCACGCUCUACAAACUCCAUCCACACUUUUCUGGAAUCCUUAAGGAGACAGUGAAGGAGCUUGCCCCAAAGUGUGAGGUGGAAUUUGUCCUGUCCGAGGAUGGCAGUGGAAAAGGAGCCGCCCUUAUCACAGCCGUGGCCCGACAGCACUAUAGAGAGGCAUAACAGUACUGGACUGGAUCAUGUUCCAGCAGCUGGAAUACGGAGGGGAACUAUUUUUCUAUAUUAUACUCUGUUUUGUACGGUGUGUCAUCAAACUGAUUCAUAAACCCCACUAUGAAGCUUAAACAUUCUCCACAGAUGAUUUUAAUGUUGCUUGGUUAAAAUGUUCCUUUGGUCUGUUUGUGUAAAUCUGGAACAUGGAAAUCUGGAAAUUGGAGCUUGGGAACAUUCAGUGAUUAAUCACAUGUUUGUACAUACAGUCCUGCUCACCAUUAUUGGCACCCCGUCCUUUUUUGCAUAACCUGUACAAUAUCUUCAGAAAUAAAUGUAAAUGUACCAAAGUUAUAUCUUCAGGAUUUUUUAAUUGGAGGUCCAAAGUAAUACAACAAAAAAAACAUUGUUUUUCAACUUGCAUGUUGCAAUUUUAAAGAAGAAACAGAAUAAACAGCAUGUGCAGCAAUAAAGGCACCCCUUGUUAAUAUUUGGUUGCACACCCUUUGGCUGUGAUGACAGCCUCCAAACCUUUCUUGUAGCCAUCUAUAAGCUUCUUGCACUUCUCAGCUGGUAUUUUUUCCCACUCUUCCUUUGCAGUUUGUUCAAGCUCUUGAAUGUUUGCAGGAUUCUUUUUCCCAAUGGCAGAUUUCAACUCACCCCAAAGAUUUUCAAUGGGAUUGAGGUCAGGACUCAUUGCUGGCCAUUUCAAAACAGUCCAUUUUUUCCUUUUAAACCAUUCCCGUGUACUUUUGGAUGUGUGCUUUGGGUCAUUGUCUUGCUGGAAUACCCAUGAUCUUCGGCUCAAACCGAGUUUUCUUACACUGGGUAGGACAUUUCGCUCUAAAAUCUCUUGAUAAUUCUCUGAUUUCAUGAUUCCUGUGAUACGGUCGAGGCCUCCAGUACCAGACGCAGCAAAGCAACCCCACAGCAUUAUGGAUCCUCCACCAUGCUUAACUGUUGGCAGGGUGUUCUUUUCCUUAUAAGCUUCAUUGCGCCGUCUGUAAACAAACUGUUGCUUUGCAUUGCCAAAAAGCUCUAUUUUUGUUUCAUCUGUCCACAAAACAUUGUCCCAGAAUGAUUGUGGUUUGUCAAGGUACUCUUUGGCAAAGAUCAGUCGUUCCUUUUUAUGUCUUUUCUUUAGCAAUGGUUUCUUCCUUGGCCUUCGCCCAUAAAGCUCUGCAUGGUUUAGUGUGCGGCGUAUGGUACUUGUUGAAACCAUGACCCCAGACUGUUCCAGGUUGGCCUUCAGUUCUUUGGAUGUUUGCCUUGGUGUUUUUUUCCACCAUUCGCACCAACCUUCGAAGACUUCUCUUGUCAAUUUUCCUCUUUCCCCCACGUCCAGGGAGGUUCUUGACAGUUCCAUGCUUGGCAAACUUCUUAAUAACAUUGCGCACUGUUGAAACUGGGAUACCAAGGUCUUUGGAGAUGGCCUUAUACCCUUUGGAAGUCUUGUGUUUGCUAAUAAUAGCACUUCUGAUGUCCUCAGACAGCUCCUUUGUCUUCACCAUUUGUCUUCACCAAAUGAACAUGGCCCAACGUAUGGCUUUUUAAAACCCUGAAGUCAUCAUUCAUUGGCUAAUUCAUGUCACAUGGGCACUGAAUUUGUCAAAGGUGAUUAUCAUUUGCGAUUUACCACAGGUGAGUGAAAAUGUGUUUCCAUACUAAUUUAAUGUAAAGGGUGCCAAUACCAGUGUCACAGCAAGCUUUAGGUUUUUUCUGUUUUUCCCUCACAUUGUUUUUUGUUUUAAAUUGUUGUUUAUAGUUUGCUCUUUUGUUUUAAAUAUGAGUGCUCUAUACAAAAAAACUGUUUCAGUUGAUUAAUUUUUUCAGGGGAUAUUCCACAAUAUGUACUUAAACUUCAUGGGUGCCAAUAAUGAUGAGCAGGACUGUAGAUGAGAAUAUAUAAAAUAUAAGCUUCAUACAGCACAUAUGUACUUUCAGUGACACGAGCAAUGUUCUGCUUGUGCAGUUUUCAAAUUUCACAGAUGGUUUUGUUAUUUAUCAGUUUCAUCUUUGGCUUGUCUGUAUGAUCAAACUCUCGUCUGGUAGGAGUGUGUGUAAAUUUGAGUGUAAUGGUUUAACAGCCUGAAAAAUAUGCCUAUUUUGUGGUUAACUAAUCAAAACUAUGAUCAGUCUCUUACCAUUAUACUAUACCAUAAUAUCAUUAACAAAAAUAAAAAUUGGAAAUAACAAUACUACUAAUAAUUACAAAUGUUUGUGCAUACCGCACCACUUAAAAACAUACUACACUGUGCUUUUCUUUUAUACUACUGACAAAAAAUAAAAUAUACAAAACACA